AUGCCUAGUCCCGUCUGGUCAGAUAAAAGUGCAGGUCUACACGUCCUGAAUCCCAUACCACCCACCCAAGAGCCGAAAUCCCAAUCACGACAUACGACUUAUAGAAUGCCACACGGCUUCGACAAGCUGCUCCAUCACUCCCCAGAGCCAGAAAUACCACCUGUACCCCGACGACCAUCCACACAAUCCAGGUACCAUCUUCAUGUCCGACAACAGCCCAUUGCGGCACGAGCUUGCGGCGCAGGGGAUCGAGACCGUCGCCCCGUCGACCCUCCACCAAUCGUCCAGAUCCUCCUAGCAGACUUCGAUCCAAAUUCACAGGAAGACAGAGAUCUCCUCCAAGAUCCCCGCUUCACAGUGGGCUGUCUCCUUUUCCCCGUCUCGUCCUCCUGGCCCAAUUCGGAUACCGACCCACGGCGUGAUCGGGACAGAGAUCGGGACAGGGAAGAUACAGACGGCGUUGCCCGUACCGACGAUGAUCUUUCCACCCCUCUCCUCUCCGGCAAAGCAUUCAUGUCCCCCUUCUACGUGGAUGCAGACCCAGAUCCGAACUCUGCACCUGUUCAUCCAUCUGCCGAUGAUCGUCUCUCUAGCACUCCCGCCCACAACGCGGCCUCGCGCCUCCACCAACCAGCUACCUUCUUCAUUUUUGCUGAUCUCUCUAUUCGCACUGCUGGUCUCUACCGUCUUCAAUUCCGCUUGAUGAAUUGGGGCUCUGUUGAGGAUACCGGCCAGUCAAUGCCUAUUUUGGCCGAGGCUUGGUCAGAACCUUUCCGAGUGUAUCCCGCGAAGGACUUCCCCGGAAUGCAAAAUUCGUCCAUUCUGGCAGAAGGGUUGAAGGAAUUAGGAUUUGUGGAGCUGAAGACAAGAGGGCACAACAAGGGCAAGGGAAAGAAGAGGCGGUGA